UCUAGAUGCUGUCAAAUUUUUUCACAACUUUUCCGCAGCAGUUGGAGAAUUGCAGAAUCCCUAUAAAUUAAAUAAAAUUGUGUAUAAAAUUUUUAGUGUGAAUGUUACAAAACAUUUAGAAGCAACAAAUCAUCUUGGUAUGUAACAGAAAAACGAAGGCUUCAACGUCUUUUAUACGCAACACUCGUACCCAAAUACACCUUCACUUGCGGCACCGGCAACGUAAGAGAAAUUGGCCUAAAUGUCGGAGAGGAGUUUAAAAGUAGGCGCGCGGGUCGAUAUAACCGGCAAGGAUCUGCAAGGAACCGUUGCCUAUAUUGGUAUGACCAGCUUCGCCGUUGGCAAGUGGGUGGGCGUGGUACUUGAUGAACCGAAAGGUAAAAACAAUGGUCAAAUCAAAGGCCAGACAUAUUUUGAAUGCGCGGAAAAUUGUGGCAUGUUUGUACGCCCGACGCAAAUUCGAGUCAUUGGUGGCACUCCCGAUUCCAAGAAGUCUUUAGAAGAUAUAGCCGAUUCGGCAAGUAGUGGCAGCAGCGUUAGAAUGUCCAUAGCCCAACCCACUAAAGCACGGUUGAGCGGGUCUAGGAGCUCGCUCUCUUCCAGCCGCCAAUCAUUGGGAGGUUCACGUUCGCAGCUCUCAGCUUCGUUAAUAGAACGAAGCGGCAGCACAGCAAGUAGUUCCAGUGGCGGCCGGAAGAGUUUGCAACCACCCAGCGUUACAGCUAGGGAUCAUAUUGCUGGCUCUGCAACAGCAUCCAGUUCGUCCAUUCCCACAGCUGAAGGUGGGAGUAGCGGUGGCAAUGGUAGUGCCUCGCAUUCUACCUCGAAACGUGCUUCCUUCGUCGAAACUGGUUUCCUUGAGAUUCUGAAGCCGCAAUUCACGCCAUUGCAGCCAAUGCGCUCGCCUUCUUUUACCGCUGUGCCGCCUGGCCCCACCGCUGAAGAGAAGGCAGCAGCCGCUGAGCAACAGAAACUUAUCGACGAUCUGCAAACUCAAGUUACCGAUCUGACCGAGAAACUAGAAACGCUCAAGCAACGCCGCAGCGAAGACAAAGAACGACUACGCGAAUUCGAUAAAAUGAAAAUUCAGUUUGAGCAGUUGCAAGAAUUCCGUAGCAAAAUCAUGACUGCACAAGCAUCGUUGCAAAAGGAGUUACAGCGCGCUAAACAAGAAACAAAAGACGCCAUCGAAGCGCGCGAAAGACAUGCCCAAGAAAUGUCUGAAUUGGCUGAUAAUGUUGAACUUAUCACCUUGGACAAAGAAAUGGCAGAAGAAAAAGCAGAUACACUGCAACUCGAAUUGGACUCCGCCAAGGAGCGAAUUGAAGAAUUACAAGUGGACUUGGAAUUAUUGCGUUCAGAGAUGCAAAACAAAGCUGAAACAUCAAUUGGUGAUAUCGCUGGCGAAGGUGGUGGCAUGUCAACCUAUGAAUUCAAGCAGUUGGAACAGCAAAAUUUACGCUUAAAAGAGACGUUAGUGCGUUUGCGUGACUUGUCUGCGCACGAUAAACACGACAUACAGAAACUUACAAAAGAAUUGGAAAUGAAGAAGUCGGAAGUGGCCGAGUUGGAACGCACAAAGGAAAAACUGUCAAGCAAAAUUGAUGAAUUGGAGGCGACAGUCGCCGACUUGCAGGAGCAAGUCGAUGCUGCACUUGGCGCCGAAGAAAUGGUUGAGCAAUUGGCCGAAAAGAAAAUGGAGCUGGAAGACAAAGUGAAAAUGCUGGAGGAAGAGGUGGCACAGCUGGAAGCGCUUGAAGAAGUACACGAACAGCUGGUAGAAAGCAACCACGAACUUGAAAUGGACUUGCGUGAGGAAUUGGAUUUGAUGAGUGCAGCGCGCAAAGAGGCACUGCGCGAACGUGACGCGGCUAUUGAAACGAUCUACGAUCGCGAUCAGACAAUCACAAAAUUCCGCGAGCUGGUUCAGAAAUUGAACGAACAGUUGUUGGACUUGCGCGAUCGCACAACCAACAAUGACCAGAAAUCGCUGCAAGAUCCCAGCGUAAAGAUUGCCAGUGAAACAAUCGACUAUAAGCAGAUGUUUGCUGAAUCGAAAGCUUACACGCGCGCCAUUGAUGUGCAGUUGCGCCAAAUCGAGCUAUCGCAGGCUAACGAACACGUGCAAAUGCUGACCGCCUUCAUGCCGGAAUCGUUCAUGAGCCGUGGUGGGGAUCACGAUUCAAUUCUGGUUAUUUUGCUAAUCUCACGCAUCGUCUUCAAGUGUGGCAUCGUAGUGAGCCAAACACGGGAGCGUUUCCCAGCUGUGGACAAUAUAACGCGCGAGGCAGUUUUUCAGGGGCACACUGUGCAGCAAUACGCUUUCAAGUGCCGCCUCAUGCACUACAUCCACAACUUGCAAUGCGCGCUUCACCAAAUUCUCUAUGGACUAAACAGCUGCCAGCCAGAUACACUGUUGCGCGCCGGUAAUUCACUGCCCGAAAUGAUCGCACAGGAGAAAACCAUCGAUGGUAUUAUUGAGUUGUUGAAGUCAAAUCAAUUGGAUGAGAAUUCCACCACAGAAAAUAUCGAAAAGUGUGUGGCCUUCUUCAAUGCCAUGAACUCUGUGUUACUAGCCGGCGAGGAUCUACUCAAUGAAACACAAAUGAUACGCGAUUGUGUUGCUGCGCUGGGCUCGGCUUGUGAGUCGAUUUUGAAUGAUGUCACCAUAGGGCGCACCAUCAUACGCGAAGGUGGCGAAACCAGCGACUCAAUACUGUUAAUGCAGUACCUUAACGAGCAAACGGAAGCGAUCAAACAGCAAGUAAAGCUCAUUAAACGUCGUUUACCACAGGAUCAACAUGUAAUCAAGUGCGGCAUAUCGCCACUUAAACUAGAAGCGAUGCGUCAAAUCACACAGUCGCUCUCACGCAUCAUGUCCGUAAUGCACUCGGCUACAAAGCAGGCUGUGCAGGUGAUAGCUGCCUCCAUUGAGUCGGACAACACUGCCGAGCACACCGUUGAGCAUGCCAAAUUCUGGGAACUGCUUACACAGGCUUGCGAGCGUGUAUACGAACAGGACGAUCGUGGCCCGUCGCAGAACUUCAAGGGCAUGUUGUCGCAAGCAAACAUCGAUUUGCAGCAAUUGGCGCAGUAUUUGUUGGACAAGGAAUAUGAAAUUAUGUCCUUGGCUAAUCAGAAACAGGAGAAACCUAUCUCGCCAAUCAUUUCCCGCGCCCAACUCAUCAAAAAGCAGCUGGAGCAGAAGAAUGUGCUGGCUGCGACACUUGAGAAUCGCGAGGCGGAUAUAAAGCAGCUGAAACUGGCUGCCAAACUGAAGCAGAAUGAACUCUCAGAGAUGCAGAUCCGCAAGGACCUAGCCGAGAAGAAACUUUCGGUAUUGCAGAGCGAAUUCGAACAUACGGUGGAAAAAUGGAAGCGUCAGUAUGAAGAAACACACGCACAGUUAGAGAAGUUGCAGAAGAAGGAGAAGGAGUACGAGGAUACACUCGAUCAUCUGCAGAGCGAUAUCGAAGCGCUGGAGAGUGAGAAGAGUACAUUGCGUGAGAAGCUCAAGUCAACGGGUGGUACUAAACGCUUUGCAGACUCCUCACUCUCAUCGACAAGUGGCAGCGGUGGCGCUUUUAGCAGUCACGGAGUUUCUGGCAGCACACCACUCAUUGCCGAGGAGCUGCAGCUGCUGAAAACGGUGUUCCAUAACGAACGCAGUUCUCGCUUACGCAUGCAAGCGCAGCAGAUACGCGACAAGCUAAAGAAAUUCGAACCAAUUUAUGUGCCGCAACCUAAAGACAAGCGUAUCACUGAACUGGAAGCCGAACUGACGCGCAUGAAGCACGCAUGGGCGUUAUCGCUCCUCCAGGCAGGCCCCAAGCCUGAUGCGACCGGCAUCGAGUCGAUUGUGGCGCUGCAACGGCGCAACCAACAAGUGCCCGCCAAAUCGGAGAUCUCCUCACGUGCCAGUCACCUGGCAGCCGAAAUACUCACAGAAUAUCUGCAGCGCAAUCCACAUCGUGCUGCCAACUGCGAAUUCGCGGCCUUUCCAACGGUCGAGGUGAAACGAGUGCUGAAGCUAUAGGCUUAAGACUAAAGAUAACGAAGGUAUUCGGGCAAAGGCAAAGGAACUUUAAGUGCAACUGAGUGGCUUGUGAUGUGGUUUUGAAAGCUGCAUAACGGUAGUUAGGGGCUAUAGGCGUACAUACAUAGCAUCUAUUCACGAAAUUUUUGAUGAACGUUUUAAAGAAGCCAUAUACUAUAUUCAGCGCAUACCUAUUUACACAUCGUACUCAAAGUCCUAAAGUGAUGGCAACUAAUCAUAGCUUGUUUCUUUCGUCGCUCCUCAUAUUCACCAUAUUAACUGUUGAUCUUUAUAUUUUAAUGAUGAAUAACGAAAAUGUAUUAGCAGCGAUUGUCGUUGUAGAGAAUAUAAUUUGUAUUUCUAUUGAAUGUAUUAAUAUAAGCAAAUUAUAAAGUUUCGCAAAAAUAUGUAAAUCAAGAGCAAUGAAGCGCACAAGUUGAAGAACAUGGAAUAUAUCGCGCAUUGAUAUGAAAUUGAUUUCAUUGAUUUCACGUACACGCGCGAAUAUAUAAUUGAAAUUCCAUUUUAAAAAGCACCUACAUGUUUGUAUAUUUGUGACGUCACAAAAAUUAUUGAUAUUUUAUAACGAAAUUAAUUUAGAACUUUUAAUUGCUAAAGGUAAAUAUGUAAGAAAACUUUAGUAAAAGACAUUCAUAUAGUUUUUUUUUUUUAAUAAUCUACGUUUCUCACUUUACAUUUGCAUUUUCGUUUAAAUUUUGUUAGUUUCUUAUUUUAUUAUUAAAUUUUCGAUAUUCUUUAUUUUUUCAACUCUUUUGUAAAUCUUCUUAUAAAACCAAUGCAUUAAAAAUAACCUGUAUACUUAA